GCAACAAUGCUCCGGUCUACAAUGUCAAUUGUCACUGCGUCUGUCAUUUGUGCUUCCUUUGGAGAACUUGUUCUAGAGGUGUGAGGUUUAUCGUGCUUAGAGGAAUUUAAUUUAAAAGCUUGAUUAACAAUGGAAAACGAAGCUGGAGAGUUCGUGGACUUGUAUUGGCCAAGGAAAUGCUCUGCAUCAAACAGAAUUAUCCACGCUAAAGAUCAUGCAUCCAUACAAAUUAGCUUCGCUGAAGUCGAUCCAGUUACCGGCAGGAUGACUGAUAACUCCAAAAGCUAUGCUUUAUGUGGAGCGAUUCGAAGGAUGGGAGAGUCUGAUGAUUGUAUUGUCAGGCUCGCGAAGCGAGACGGCCUUAUUGCGAAGAACUUCUAGAAUCUAUGGCCAGCGUUUAACUGUGUUGCAAGUUAAAUGGAUUUUAAGUCAAUAAAUUAAAUUUCCAAGA